AUGGCGCAUCAUAUAUUCGGAGUAAAGAAAAAAAAUAAACCUCCAAAGACUUUACCGGAAUUGAAUUCGUCACAACCAUAUGAUCAAAUGAGGCCACCACUGGUGGGUUCUCCCAGUUUUCCACCUUCAUCUAAUAAUCCAUCAAAUAGUGGUUAUCCUGGAUAUGCUCAUUAUCAACAACAACAACAACAACAAUCUAAUCCAAAUCAUCCACCAACACUUCAACAUACGCAUUCUCUUCCAUAUCAACAAUCAACAUAUCCAUCACAUCAGCAAUCAUAUCCUCCUCCAUUUCAAACUUCGUCACAAACUCCUCCUCCUCUACCACCACGACAACAAUCACCUCCUAAUUCUGAAUCACAUCGAGAAACUAAGCAUUUAUCCGGAGAAUAUAAUUAUCAAUUUAUGCCAGCUUAUCCAUUUCCUGAUAUUUCUAGAUUUCAUUUACAUGCGCAUCCUCAUAAAAACAAUACUCAAGAUGUACCUAAACCUUCGGACGAAGAAAUUGAGGAAAUAGAUUUAAAGAAAUUAUCGGAAGCUCAAAGAAAACAAAUGGUGUCCAUACCGACCGAGAAAAAAUGGAUGUUGGUAAAGAAUGAUCUACUAGAGGAUGAGAGAAAUCGACCUCAAAUUGGAUAUUCUUUGGAUAAAAGCGCGCCAGAAUACUAUUUAAGGAAAAUUUUGGAUGGCUCUGUUACCAUAAAACACAUAGAUUCAUUGAGUGUCUCAUUAAGAACCGCUCCCAUAACAUGGGUUAGAUCAUAUAUUGACGCAAAAGGGCAAGAAGUUUUGGCAAAUCAUUUGAGCACUAUUACUCGUAAACCUAUAAAGCGAGAGGCUGAUUUACAAAUGGAAUAUGGAAUUAUCAAAUGUUUAAAAUGCCUACUAAAUAGUAGGUGGGGAGCCCAAGACGCUCUCGCACAUCCGAAAUGUAUCCAUAGUAUAACAUUUUCACUAGUAUCACCACAAUUGGCCACACGAAAGCUUGUCGCCGAAGUUUUAUCAUUUCUCUGUUAUUGCGAAAUACCAGUUGGACAUAAUUUGGUGUUGGCUGGAUUUGAUCAACUAAUGCAAUUUCAAGCUGAGCAUGGAAGAUUUGAUGCAUGGAUGCGUAUGCUCGAGAACACAAUCGAUGGUCGCGGUAGAAUGGGUAGUUUCGUGAAUGCUAGUGAAGAGUAUCGGAAAGGUGGAAUUGGAAUUGAUAGUUCACUGAUGGAAUACGCGCUCUCAAACUUAAUUUUGGUGAACUCUUUAAUCGGAGUAUGUGAUGAUGUAGAAUUACGUGUACACUUAAGAAAUCAACUUCAUGCAUGUGGUUUAACGAGGAUCAUUGAUAAAAUGAAAUCAUUCAACUAUGAAUUUAUCAAUCGACAAAUAUUGAAAUUCGAGCGAGAAAGUGAGGCGGACUAUGAAGAAGUAUUGGACUAUUAUAACCAUCAAAUUUUGCAAGAUAUGACAUAUCCUUUACUUGAAGUCAUGCCAUUUCUAGUUACACUUGAUUCCUUAACAUUCUUCUCCACUGAUCCUCAUGAUGUAUUUCAGUGUAUUUUGGCGUCGGUUGAGGGAACAAGAGCAUUUGAUUUCUUCUUGUCGGCUAUGCAACACAUGUUAUUAAUAAGGGAUGACGGUGAAACAAGAACACGUUAUUUUCAACUUAUCGACGCUUUAGUGACGCAAGUUGUAUUGGAUCGACGUGGAUUAGACCAAGACUUCACACAUUCGGUCGGUAUAUCUGUUAGUCAAGUAAUUGAUAAAUUAGCAGAUCAAGAAAAAUUGCAAGCUGCAAUAGAGGAAGCUCGUGAAGCAAAAUUGAUUGCUGAAAAAGCAUUAAAAGAGAAGAAUGAGUUACAUAAAGAACUAUCUAAAGGAUCUGACGGACUUGUCAGCGAGCUCAAAGCAAAAGUGCUUUCACUCGAGGAACUACUUCGGCUUUCGCGACACACCGUACAAACAUUACAAUCACGUAUUGCCGAUCUUGAAGCGAGUUACAAUGAGAAAGUCGCCGAGCAAACAAUACACAUGCGUGAAUUCGAAAAUACAUUAAAAGAGCUGAAUCAAAUUCAUGGAGAUUCCAUUGCUGGUGGUGCUGCCGCAGGUGGUAGUGGACUGAAUCGACAAGAGAUUACGAAAAAAUUGGAGCGAAUGGCAGAGAUUGCUAAAACUCAGGCCACAUUGGAAGGAAAGAAUAAAGUUUGGACGCCGCCUACAUUUGGUGAAUUGAAGAUGCCAGAUCCAAGUGAUUAUUAUAGAAGUAGUAAUUCAACCGUCGAUACUGGUUAUGGUUCAAGUUUAAAUUCUGUUGUAUUUCCACAACAACAACAAAUGAAUUCAUCAACGCAAUUUUCUUCCCCACUUCAAUUUGUACCUCAACAAAAUAAUAAUAACGAAGGAAACACAGCUUCCGCUCUAUUUCCGCAACCUCCGACAAAUUACAAUAAUAAUUCACCGUUUACUUAUGGAUUCCGUAUUCCUCCUCCAGAUCCAGGACAUAAUAUUUUAGAUGAUUAUCACGAAAAAGAUGGUGGUAUUAGUGAAAAUGGUCAAAAUCCGCCUAAUAGUUCAUCAACCACCGAUAUAACAAAAGUUUCGUCAUCAACUUCGCCUGUUGAAUUUCCUGCGACGUCACAAGACGGAGAUAAUAUACCAGCACCUUCGCCACAUCCUCCAAAAUCGGAAGACGUAGAUAAUAUACCUCCACCGCCUCCCUCUCCACCUCCAAUGGGAAAUGAAAGAAUUCCAGGUGCACCUCCACCACCCCCACCGCCAGGAAUUCCAGGUGCACCUCCACCACCCCCACCGCCAGGAAUUCCAGGUGCACCUCCAGGGCCACCUGGACCACCUCCACCUCCUGGUAGCUUCGUUCCUGCAGCCCCUGGUGGAAACCAACGUAAAGAAAUUCCAAUAUCAGCAAAAAAGAAACUUAAACAACUUCAAUGGGAAAAGAUUAAUCAAUUCUCCAUUAAUAAAACGAUUUGGGGACGGCCCAAUAUGACUGAUGAGGAGUUGCUGAUGUUACUUGGUGGUCAAGAUGGUGUAUUCGCUACUAUUGAAGAAUUAUUUGCUGCUCGACAAAUUGCACCGAAAAGGAAAAAAGUUGAAAAGAAAGAGGAGAUAAGUGUAUUGGAUUCUAAGCGUGCUUAUAAUAUAAAUGUUGUGCUUGGUCGAUACAAACAAAUGCCAUUCUCAGAAAUGCAUCGUAAAAUUGUGCAAAUAGAUGAACUAUUUUGUACAGAAAAUUUAUUAAAUCAAUUUAUGCAAUUUACACCUACUCCUGAUGAGAGGGGUAAAUUGAUGGUGUAUAAAGAUAGCUCAGAGGAUGUCCUUGACAAUUUGGCAAGACCUGAUCGAUUUUUCGUCGAGGUAAUGCAAAUACAUCGAUACGAACAACGUCUAAAGUUUAUGCAUUUUCAUAUAACUUUUGAUGAAAAGUUUAAUGACCUUGAACAGAGUGUCGUAGCAGUAUUAAACGCGUCAAUAGAUUUGAAAGACGCUAAGCAUUUCCGUGAAUUGCUGGAUCUUAUAUUGUUACUUGGUAACUACAUGAACGGAACGACGAUUAAAGGUGGUGCAUUUGGUUUCAAAAUUGCAAGUAUAAAUAAGUUGGUUGAUACAAAAGCUUCUACUAGUUCCUCGAUGACAUUAUUACAUUUUCUUGCGAAUACAGUGGAAAACAAAGUUCCACAUGUUAUCGAGUUCACUGAAGAAUUAAAACAUUGUGGAUCUGCUUGUCGAGUAUCACAACAAGAGUUAACGGCAGAGUAUCGACAAAUGGGCACGAAAUUAAAUGAUCUCGCCUUAGAGCUCAAAAAACAUUUUGAUGACGAUGUGCAAUUGGAGGAGGGAGAUCGAUUCCCAGAUGUUAUGCGAUCAUUUGUACAAAAAUCUUUGGAGAAAUUCGAAGAACUCCAAGUGAAAUAUACUUCAAUGGAAGUAGCGUAUAAAGAUGUAGUAGCAUAUUAUGGCGAAGAUCCAAAUUCCACAAAACCGGAUGAAUUCUUUGGGGUGUUCAAAACAUUUGUUGCAUCUUUCGAGCGAGCAAAAAAUGAUAACAAAGCACAAAGAGAACGUGAAUUGGCUAAUCAAAAGAGAAUGGAGGAAAUUGCUGCACGUAUCAAAAAGGAAAAACCUGCAAAUCCAGAAGUUAAAAUUAGUGAACAACCGGAUGAGACAUCUGAUAAACAUAUCAUGGAUAAUUUACUUGAAACAUUACGUAAUGGUCGUGAUCUUGAUACUACACCUAAUCGAAGACAACGCGGUACUCCACGUGAUCGAAGAGUUGCUCGGAGUAUGUCGGUUGUUUUACGUGCAGAAAACAUCUUGAAUAGCUUGAAGGAUGAUGCUCCACCUCUUCCGAAAAUUCCGGAAAAUUUUCAAGCUCAAAUUACUGCCGAAUAA